GAUCGAAAGCGUCAUAUUCAAAUCCUUUUGUCAAACGAGAAGACUACGAUAAAUGCGUUCUUGCCCACGCAGAAUUUGAUAAUGAACUGGUUGGUCUGGUUACUUUUGUUGAAAAAGCCAAUGAAACCUUUAUCUACGGUCUCUUCUCAAGGGGUCUAGGCUGUGGUCCUCAGUUCUUAAUUACGGAUAAUUGUGGUAAUGUUAUCCAAAAUGUAACUGAUAUUUUUAAUGUUACGCUUGACGGAGAAGGUGGUACCAAGCCAUUCUUCAGGGAAGUCUCCUGCUCUGUUCUUGAUCUUGGCGAGAUUCUUUGUACUACUUGCGAUCAAAAUAAACGUGAACUUACGACCUUGGGAAAAAAUAAUACGUCCAAGGGUGUAAAUCUCUCGGUUUCAAGUGCCAAUUCCCCUAAAAGUACCGUGCCAAUCACUCCAGAUAAAUGA